AUGGGGAUCACUCAGGCGGUCGACAGAAUCAACCUCCGGGUGGCUCAGAGCCCUGUUGGGCGAUGGUUUCGCCUGGAGAAUUCAGGACAUCCGAAAGAACGCAAAGGCAGCUACUUCUUCACCGAAAUUCGCGCCGGUCUCGCUACCUUUUUCGCUAUGGCCUACAUCAUCAGUGUCAAUUCCAACAUCACCUCCGAAUCGGGCGGGACCUGUGUGUGUCCCCCCGAGAGCCAGGCCGAUCUCUGUAACAGCAACACCGAAUACCUGAUGUGUGUCCAGGAAAUCAAGCGCGACCUCGUCACUGCCACAGCUGCCAUCGCCGCAUUGUCUACGUUUUGCAUGGGUCUCUUCUCUAACUUGCCUGUCGCCCUGGCUCCCGGUAUGGGUCUCAAUGCCUAUUUCGCGUACACUGUUGUGGGUUACCACGGCUCCGGCAUGAUCCCGUAUAGCCUUGCUCUCACCGCCGUCUUUGUCGAGGGUUUCGUCUUCUUGGGUUUGACUCUGCUCGGUAUCCGACAAUGGUUGGCUCGUGCAUUGCCAGCCUCGAUCAAGCUCGCCACGGGCACGGGUAUCGGUCUAUACCUUACUCUUAUCGGAUUGAGCUAUAGCGCAGGUAUUGGCUUGGUAACGGGGUCUACCGAAACUCCGUUGGAAUUGGCAGGCUGCAUUUCUUCUCUGCGUGAUCCUACGACUGGCAUGUGUCCCAGCGAUGCUAAGAUGCGUAACCCGACGAUGUGGGUGGGCAUAUUUUGCGGUGGUGUGUUCACUGCGCUGCUGAUGCUGUAUCGGAUCAAGGGAGCUGUGAUCAUUGGUAUCUUGCUGGUUUCUAUCAUUUCUUGGCCGCGACCCACGCCGGUCACCUACUUCCCUCAUACGGAGCUGGGUGACAGCAUGUUUGAUUUCUUCAAGCAGGUGGUGACCUUCCAUCCUAUCAAGCAUACACUGGUUGCUCAGGAUUGGAAUCUCUCAGGCCAUGGUGGACAGUUUGGAUUGGCCUUUAUCACAUUCCUGUAUGUUGAUAUUCUUGACACCACCGGUACUCUGUACUCGAUGGCCCGGUUUGCUGGAACCAUCGAUGAACGCACUCAGGAUUUCGAGGGUAGUGCCCUUGCUUAUAUGGUCGAUGCAAUCAGCAUCUCUAUUGGCUCUCUCUUCGGCUCGCCCCCUGUGACGGCAUUUGUCGAAAGUGGUGCCGGUAUCUCUGAGGGCGGAAGGACGGGUCUUACCUCCUGCGUGACAGGUAUCUGCUUCUUUAUCGCCGUCUUUUUCGCCCCGAUCUUCGCCUCUAUCCCUCCUUGGGCUACCGGCUGCACGCUGGUGAUUGUCGGCGCCCUGAUGUGCAAGGCAGCCGCUGAGAUCAACUGGCGCUACUACGGCGACGCCAUUCCGGCCUUCCUGACCAUCGCCAUCAUGCCCUUCACCUACUCCAUUGCCUAUGGUCUGAUUGCCGGUAUCCUGAGUUACGUCCUCAUCAAUGCCACAGCCUGGCUCCUUGAGAAGGGCUCCGUCGGCCGGGUGGUGCCUCCGAACAGGGACGAGUCGGAUCCAUGGUCGUAUAAGGUUCCCGGAGGAUUUUUCCCUCCCUGGCUGCGACGGGCCGCUCGGGGCAAGAAGGACUUUUGGCGCGAAGAUGAGGAGGAAUCGGUGAAUAUGGGGGUCGUGCCUGAUGGAUCCGUCUCUUCGCAUGACCGGCCGGAGGGAGAGAAGAGUGGAGUGGGUGUUGGAAACAAAAGCCUUUGA